AUGUUUCAGAAAUUUUUUUCAGAUAUAUUAUACAAAAUAUUGGGAAAUUUUAUAUAUGGUUUGAACGAUGAAGAAUUAGCAUUAAGUGAUUUAUUGAGUGGUAAAUUGGAAUUAACUAAUAUUCAUUUAAAACAAUCAGUGAUAGAUUUAAUAGAUAUACCAUGUCGAUUAAAUUUUGGAUGUGUUGGUUAUUUUAAAAUAAAUUUACCCUUAUUAUAUUUUAUGAAGAAUCCAAUAAAUGUAUAUAUCGAAGAUGUAGUAAUAGUUUUGUCUACGAUACCUUCUAAAUAUUUUGAUGAUAAGUUAUAUAAAGAAAAAUAUAUCGAAAAUAAAAAGAAUUUAUUACUUUCUUCUGAAUAUAGAGCUAUAGUUUGUUCAGCAGAAGGGGGUGUUAUAUGGCAAAUGAUAUUGUCAUUAAUAAAUAAUAUUAAUAUAACAAUUAAAAAUGUACAUAUUAGAAUAGAAGAUUUUACAAGUAAUCCUUCUAAUUGCUUUGCUUUAGGAAUUAAAAUUGAAGAACUGUUUUUGAAUAUGCCGAAAGAAGGUUUGCCUUUUAAUAGAGAUGGAUAUUAUACAAAAAAAAAAGAACUUGUCAGUAAUACAAUGAUUAAUAUGAUAACAGUUAAAAGAUUAGCAUUUUAUAUGGAUUCUUUGAACAUGAAAAAUAUUACCAACAAAAAAUAUUUUAACAAGUUUAGAGAUAUGUUUAUAAAUUAUUGUAAUAUGGAUGAAAGGAAUUAUCCAGAAAUAAAUAUAAAAUCAAAUUACACAAAUGAUAAUAAAAAUGUGAAAAAAGUACAUAUGAAUGGAAAAAUGCAUAAUAUGAAUAAUUUCUAUGGUAAUAAAAAAUAUAAAAAAGAGAAUUCAAAACAUAAUAAUAAUAUGAAAAAGUUUUUAAAAAAAAAGAAAAAUAAAAGGUCUAAUCAACAAAAUCUAGAAAGCUUUCUUAAUAUUAUUAAAAGUAUUAAGAAAAGUACUUAUUAUGUUUACAAAAAUGAUAAUAAUAUAAAUAAAAUGGACAAAAUAAAUCAAAGAAUUUUAUUAUUAAAUGAUACAUUUUCAGCAAAAAAAAAAAAAAAAAUUAUAAAUAAUAAUAUGAAUAAUAAUAAGAUAAAAAACACACAUAAUCAUGAACAAAACAAAGAUAAUAAUUGUUCUAUAUCUAUCAGUAAUUUCUACAAAUUUAAUCCAUUCUCAUCAAAGAAAGAGGAGAAAGUUGACAUGCCAAUAUUAUUGGAUGAUAUAAAACUUGAUAAUGAUAUAAGUUGGAUAGCCUGUAUUACACUCUUUGCAGAUUCUUUGGAAAAUUCUUUUAUCAAAGAAAAAAAAGAAGAAUUAUUAAAAAAGCAAAGACAUAAAAGGAAAAAUAAUACAAAUGAUAAAAAUGUACAACAGGAGAAAGAUGAUGAUUCCUUCUAUCAAACUUGUAAGAAUACUGAUGAGAAUAAGUAUAUUAAUGAUCACAAUAAUUCUAUUAAUAAAAAAUUCAAAACGAAUACUAAUAAAAUUAAUAGUUAUAAUAAUGAACAGGAGACAAUGGGGAGCCAUACUUACAUUGAUAAUAAUAAUAAGAAAAAUAAUAAUUCUUUUAAUAGUGAUAUAAGUUAUACCAAAAAAAUUACAUCCAAUUAUUAUUUAAACAAAGCUGUCUCUUUUCUUUCUAUGAAGUCCUUCACCAAAAUACUUCAGAAGAAAAAGUUACCAAAAAAUAUGAACAGUCAUAAAAAUGAAGAAAAUGAUUUUAGUUCAAAUAAUCACAAUAUAAGUGAUGACUAUUUUACUACAAAAGAAAAAAUGUCCGAUCUAGAUUUUAACAGUGAAGAUAUAUAUUCUUCUAAAUAUAAAAAGAAACGAAACAGGGAUAGGAAAAAAAAAAAUUUCAAUUUUAAAAAAAAUGGUUACUCGAAAUAUGAAAAAAAAGAUGAAGAAAAAUAUUACGACGUUAUCGAUAAUAAGCAAGGCGAACCUAUUUCUACAUUUCAUCAUUUUAAAAAUACUGACAAGAAUUAUCAUUUUAGUUUUAGUGAUAAUGAUAAGAAUAAUAUGAAAUAUAUGACAGAGAAAAUAAAAAAAAAAAAAAAAAAGUUAUAUAAUGAAAGGAAAGAAAAUUGUGCAAAGAAUUAUAAAGAUGAAAGAAGAAAAGAAUAUGACAAUACAAAUAAUGAGAAAUAUAAAAAUCAAAAUUUUAAUGAUUCAUCUCAUAAUUUAGUAUCUAAUUAUGAAAAAUGUAUACAAUUAGAUGAUAAGAGAAAAGAAAUAAAAAUGGAACAAUAUAGAAUUAUGAAUUAUAUGAAGAAGAAUGAAAUAAAAGAGAAAAUAAGAAAUAAGAAAAGAAAAAAAAUACAUUCAGUUUAUUUGAUGUAUGAAAAAACAUACAAAAUAAAUAAAAGUAAAUUGAAUUAUUUCUAUAUAUUUUUGAGACUUACAAAAAAUAUAAAGCAUGAAUAUAUUAUUAAUCCAAAUUAUUUUGAAGGAUAUGUAGAAAUAUAUUUAAGUUUAAUUCCAACAGAUCAUGGUGAACGUCCAUUUUCUAGAUGUUUUUCAUCUUGGGGUAUACAAAGAAGAAGUGAAAAUGAAUUUGAUGAAUGUUUACCUAAAAUAAGUGUUUUUGUUACAUUAAAAAAUAUGAAAAUAAUAUUUUCUGAUAAUCAAAUGUCUAAUUUAAUAAAAUGGUUAAAUUUAAAUUUUGUAACAUAUUCUAUUUGGAAGACAGGUAUCUUAUCUCAAUUUGAGAAGGCUAAAGCAACACCUAAUGAAGAAAUGUGUUAUAUAAAUAAAUGGGUUUUAAAAUUAUUAGAUACUCAUUCUUCAAAAGAAGAAAAGGAAGAUGCAGAAAAAUAUUGUGAAUUAUUUGAAAAUACUCAUUCUAUACAUAUUAUAAAUUUGUUAAGAACUAAGGCAUUUUCAAAAUUACAAGAAUUAAGAAAAGAUAUGGAAUCAAAAACUAAAAAUGACAAUCAUAAUGAUAAUAAUAAAGAUAUUAUAAAUGAUACAAAUGAAUAUUAUCAAAAUGGAAAAAAAGAAAAUGAAGUAAAACAAGUUGCUAAUGAAAGUAUUAAUGUUUUAAAAAAUUUAAUGAAAAAUCAAAAAGCUUUUAAUAAAAUAAAGACAUCAUUUAGAGAUAAAAAUUUUACCAUAGAUUUUUGCUUCGAUUUAUGUAUAAUUAAUAGCACUAUUUUAUUAACUAUUGAAACGUUUAAUAAAAUAAAUACUAGAAGAGUGAAUUUUGUAAAGACAUAUGCUCUAUUAUUACAAUGUAUACAUUAUCAUAAUCAAAUAUCUAAUACUCAAGAAUUUAAAAAUUCCAUGGAUAUCGAAUUAUAUCCAUUAACAUUACUUUUAAUAAUUAACAAUUUAGAUAACAAAUAUAUUAAACCUGAAAUUAAUGUAUUAUAUAUUUUAACUAAAGCAGAUAAGAAGGAUAAAUAUAAAGAUAAAAAGUUUCUAUUCAAUAUAGACAACUUUGAUAUAUUAAAAAGAUACAAAUAUAUUAGAAAUACAUAUCUAUAUGGUAAUGAUAAUCAAAAGAAUUCAAAAGAAGAAAGACAAAACGUUGAAAAGGAACAAGAACUAUAUAACAAUGAAAAUGAUAAUAAAUACAAUAUACAAAGAGAUACAUUAAAAUUACAUAAUUUAAAACAAAAAUUUAAAUAUUUAAUGGAAGAAAAUUUUUUCUUUUCAAAAAGACAAAAUAAUAUGUAUUGUAAUGAAUUAUAUGAUAUUACAUCUUUAUCAGAUCCAUCAAUUUAUUUAAGAUAUGAUUCUCAAUCAUAUACAAUAUUAGAAAAACCGGAUUGUCAUUUGUUUUUACAUAAUUGUGCUUAUUCAAUAUUUAAUAUAAAUGGAGAAAUAGCUAAUUCGUUUGUUAAUGAUUAUUUCCAUUUUGUUGAUAAUAGAUCAGUUUUAUAUAAAAGGAAAACAAAUAAUUUUUCUUUUAAAAAAAAAGAAUAUUUCUUAGAAUUAGGAGCUAAAUAUUGUAAUGAUAUAAUGGAUAAUUAUACAAAACAUACAAGCUUUUUCAUUGAUAUAGAGUUAGAAAAAAUGUUAUCAUUUAUUAUAACAAAAUCAGGACAAAAAUCAGAAAUUCAAGGUUAUAGUCUUAAUUUAAAUCCAGUAAAAGUUGUAAGUCAAUUAUCUAAAAGAUCAGAAUCUUAUAAUAUAGAUAAUUCCAAAAAAAAUAUAUAUGAUUCUUUUUUUGUUCAUUUUAAUGGAAUAAAUAUAAAAAGAAUAUUAAAUUGGCAUGAGGCAGCUAAAAAUUAUAAAACAUAUAUUGAUGAUAAUUUUAUUAAACCUUUUCACGUCCUUUUUCAUCCUAUAAAUAAAGAUACUUAUACAAAUAGAAACCAAACACCAGACAAAUUUUUUUUUAAUUUAAAUCGUAACAAAAAUAUAUCUAAAUUGAACGAAAAUCAAAAUCAAAAUCAAAAUCAAGAUGAAAAUCAAAAUCAAAUUAAAAAUCCAAAUCAAAAUUCAUAUAAUGAUAAAAAUAUAUCAUAUGAAAAUAAUAAUAUUUAUAAUAAUAAUAAUAUUCAUAAGAGAAGUAGCUCUUAUAAUAAUUUAAAUUAUGAUGCAGUAAAUUAUAAGGAUGAUGAAAAAAAAAAAUCGGAAAUCUAUAAUCUUAUAUAUAAUACUAGAAAAUCACUAAGUUCAUAUACACAUUCCGAAUCUGUUUCAAAAAAAAAUCAUAUAUACAAUAAUAAUAAAAAUAUAUAUAUAAAAAGAACAAAAAUGAGUAAUAAAAGAAAAAAGAAAAAUAAAAACAAAAAAAACAAGAAAACGAAAUUAAAUAAUAUUAGAAGAUCAUCAAGUUGUCCACCACCUAAAAAUAUAAAUAUUCAUUUAGAUAGUACUAAUCAAAGUGAUAUAUUAUAUAAUGAUAGAGAAACUACUUUAUAUUCAUUAAAUUAUAUGUAUGAACAAAAUAGACAAUCAACUAUAACAUAUGAUAAUUGUGAAAUUGGUUGUAAAGCAUGUGAUAUUUCUGGAAAUUGUUGUAAUAUAUCUAAUAUAUGUUGUUGUAAUUUCACUAAAGAUUAUUAUAAUUCUUUUUUGUUUAAAUCAUGGGGGACCAAACGUGAACAUAAAAAAAAGAAUAUUACACAUAGCGAUAAUGACUUAUAUAAAAAAUAUCAAAAACAAUGGAAUGAUAUUACUAAUUGUAAUAUAUAUGAUAAUAAUGAUAUUGAAUAUAAUAAAAAUAAAAAUAAUUAUGAUAAUUCUAAUUAUGUAUUAUCCAUGAGUGGAAAUACAUUUUUUACAAUACAUUUAUGUCAUAUAAAAUUUAAUCCUACUCAUCCUAUGUUUAUUGUUAAACUGAAUGAAGAAAAACUAUGUAUUAAUAUUUGUGAUUAUGAUAUGGAAUUUUUUUUCUUAAUAUUUUCACAAAUAUUUGAACAUUAUUCUCAACAAGAAUUAGCCUGUAAAAAAAAGAAUAUCAUAUUUUUAAAAAAUAAAAUCAAUUAUAUAUCAAAUUUGAAUGAUAAAUAUUAUUGUAACACAUAUCAUAAAAAUAAAGACAAAGAAUUGGGAAUUUCUAAGGAUAUUAACAAUGAGUUAUAUAAAAUAGCAACACAUCCUUCUCAUAUGUAUGAUGGAGAAUUUAUAAACUUGAAGAAAAAGACAAAAAAACAAAAAAAACAAAAAAAAACAAAAAAAAAUAAAAUAAAAAAUAAAAAAUUCAAGCACAAAGAUGAUGAUUUAAUAAAUAAUCAAAAAAUAAAAUCAAUAAAUGGUAAGAGAAAACAUGACGAAUUACAACAAAAUGAUGUAAAUUUUUCAAUUUUAAAAAAAACAAAUAAAAAAAAUUAUUCAUUAGAAGGUCAAACAAAUGAUAAAUAUUUCAGAAAUAAUGAACAUAUAAAAAAACAAUACAAUAUAAUGAACAUACAAAAUAUUAAUGAAUUGCCUAUUGAUAUUAAAUUAGACGAACAUAAAGAAACAGGAAAUGAAAUGAAAACAAAAAGUAACACAUUUUAUAAUAAAUAUAAUACAUAUAGAAAAAAUACAUUUGUAAAUUAUUUAAGUGAUAACAACACAAGAACAACAAAAGAAUUGUCUUUUUUUAAGUUAAAAAAUGAUAUUUUUAAAUAUAGGCAAAGUGCUGAAAAAAAAUAUGAAGAGAAAAAUAUAAACGUCCAUGAAUCUAUUAAUAAAAAUGAUAGCAAAACAGACAUACUAUUGUAUAAUAAAAAGGAUGAUGUGUCAUUAAAAAACAAAAAGUUAUCGUUUCUUAAUUUGUCUAUAGAUAGAAUUAAAAACAGUAUAAAAUUUAAGAAGAGUUUGGAUUCGACAUAUAUAUCGAAUGGAAGUCAAUAUGUGGAUGGUAAUUAUGUUGACAAGACAAAAAAUAAGAAUGAAAAAAUAAAUGAGAGUGAAAAUAUAAAUAAAAAUAAACAUAAAAAUAAAAAAAAAAAUAAACAUAAAAAUAAAAAUAAACAUAAAAAUAAGAAUAUACAAAAAAAUAAGAAUAAACAAAAAAAUAAGAAUAAACAAAAAAAUAAGUAUAAACAUUUAAAUAAAACAAAACUUAAUACAAAUAAAUUAUAUGAGAAAUAUCGAAUGUCCGAUGAAACAUACAAUUUAAAUAAUAUACAGUAUGAUUAUCAUAAUGGUGGACUCAUACCUCAUGAUAAUUAUAACUUCUCAUCUGAUGAUGACUCGUGGGUGGAUUUAUUAGAAAAUUAUGACAGUGAUGAAUCUUUAGAUGAUUAUGAAAAAAGAAAUGUUAAAAAUAUGCUCAUAGAUAUUGAUAAUAUAAAGAAAAGAUUCUCUAAUAAUAAUUUUAUAAUUACGUGUAGUUUUUCUUUUUCUAUCAAAAAUAUAUUUAUCAGAUUAUGGAAAAGAAAAAGCCCCAUAAAAAAUCAAAAUUUCAAAACAACUGAAUGGGAAAAUUUGAAUAGUUUACAACUAUUAGAUAAUAUAUCAAAUAUGGAAUAUAAUAAAGAUAAUAGAAAUGAUAACAUAUAUAAACGUAAAACAAAAUAUAGAAAUACAGAAUAUGAUGAAUAUAAGUUAUUAGAUAAUAAUAGUUACUAUAAUCUAACUAGUGUAGUAAAAGAAAAUGAAAUAAAUAGAUUUCAUAAAAAAGAAAGACACAAUAUUAUAGAAGAUGAUGAUAAUAUUAGUUUGUGUAAUAAAAAUUUUAUUAUUUUAAAUGAACAUUUACAAAAAAAUAUGUUUAAUAAUAUACAAUAUGGUAUACCGUUAUAUACAAUAAUAUUAUCAGAUAUAUUUUUUGUAGCCAAAGUAGAAAAAAAUAAUUGUGCUCAUGUUUUAUACUCUAUGAAUAAUAUAGAUAUUAAGGACGAAACUAAUAUAACAUUAUUAAGUAUGAAUUCUAUAUAUCAUAGUGAUUUAAAAUCUAUGGAAAAAAAAAAAAAAAAAAAAACAUUUCCAAACAGUUAUAAAUAUAAAAGUAAUAUACCUGAUGAUAUGUAUAUAAAUAAACGAAAUAAAAAUAGUUCAAUGAAUUCAAAAGGUGAUAUAGAAAAAAUCGAAACUGAAGAUACUUUUUCUUCUUUUGAUUAUUCUAUAAAUAAUUUAGAUUUACCAGAUCUUGAAAAAACACAUCUCGUGUUAAUGUAUUUUGGUUCUCUUUUCAAAAAUAAUCACACAUUUAAAUUUAUUUUGAAUAAAACAAAACUAAAAAUAUUUUGGGAAGUUGUAGAUGAAUUUCUUUCUUGGAUAAUAAACACAAGUGAUUUAUUACCACAAUUAAAUACAAUACAACUUGAUAUUUUUAAAAAAUUAGAUGAUAGUGAAAAUAAGCAUUUAGACCAUUUACAUAAAAUUCAAAAAAUAAAUUAUGAUAUAUUAAAUGUGAAAAAAUUAAGUUCAUCCUUUUCUACUAGUCUAGGUUUUAAAAUACCAUUCCAUAUAUUAAUCAAUCAUUAUAAUAUAAAUUAUGAAAUAUAUUCAAGUCCAAAAAAAAUUAUUGGAAAUUUUAAUGAAAAUAUGUUUGAUUUUUACAAUUUUGAUGGAGAUCCAAUUGAAGAAUAUUACAUAAUUACUAAUGAACAAACAUGUAGAAGUUACAACAAUGUAUGUUUUAUGGAUAAUCAAGAAGAUAUUAAUAAUAUGAUAAAAGAAAUUUUAUUUAAUGAGAAUUAUUUUUUUAAUUAUACAUUUAAUAAAAUAAAUAAAAAUAAGAGCAUAUCUGAUUUAUUAUAUAAGGGUAAUAAUACAAAUAAAAAUGUUCUAAAUUUUUAUAAUGAUAUCUCAAAUGAUAAUGUUAUUACAAAUAAGAAUAAUAAUAAUAAUAAUAAUCUACAAAUGAAUUAUAUCAAUAACAUUAAUAGUGAUAAUUAUAAUUUGCAAAAUAAAAAGAGUUAUAUAAAAAUUGAAUCGUCUUUUUUAAAAGACAACAAUAUGAUAACAAAAACAAAUGAAGAAUUAUUAAGUAAUACAUGUUUAUUUGACCAUUCAACAAACAAUGCAAAAAUUAUGAAUGAAAAUAAUAUGUCUAUUGAUAAUUUAUAUGAAGAAAAUGAAUGCUCAGAUUGUUUCCAUAUGAUGAACUUAAAUUAUACAUCAUAUACAAAAGAAUUAUGUAAGACAAAUAAUUAUCCAUAUAUUCACGUAGAUAUUGAAAUUAAUUAUUUUGAAUUUUGGAUAUCACUCGAUCCUAUUAGGAUACCACAAAAGAGAAAACGUCAUUGUGGUCUAUAUAUGAAUAAAAAAUUAUAUUAUCAUGAAAGAAGAAAAGAAAGACAAAAGAAAAAUAGAAAACGAGAUAAAAGAAGACAAACCAUAAUUAAUAAUAAUAAUAAUAAUAAUAAUAAAUUUAACAAAGAAAAAUCAUCCUUCACAUAUUAUAGUACAAGUAAAGAUCUAGAUGAAGAAAAACUAAGUAAUACAACAAAAUUGUGUAAAAAAAUAAAAUAUUACAAAAAUAUCAAUACAGAUAAACCAUAUGUAUUAGCAACAAAAGGUUGUUUAAAAUCAGUUCUUUUUAUUUUAUUAUAUAAUAAGCAAGAAAUAAAUAAUGAAGAGGAUAAUAUGUAUGAAUUCAUAAAUGAUGAUUCUUCAUAUGAUAAUUUAUAUGACUAUUUGUUAAAUAAUGAAAAAUAUAAUAUAAAAGAGAAUAAUUAUUAUUUUUCUAAAAUGUCAUCAUAUAAUUCAGAAAAUUAUAUGAAAUCACAAAUUAAGAAUAAAGAUUGUCAAAAUAAUCAUAAUUUAAGAAAUAAACUAAUAGAAAUAUUAAAAUAUUCAAAUUUAAACAAUAUUAUAGAUAUAGAAGAAUUUUUAAAUAGUAAGUUCAUAUGCUUUCUUAAUAAUAUGUCAUCAUAUCUUCCAUGUGUAGUAAAUAUGAAUAUCUUUUUAUCUCAAAUUACAAGUGCAAUAGCUAAACCAGUUACAAAAAAUUCUUUCUUAAAAGCUUAUAUAGAUUGGAAUAAUGUACCAUAUAAUAAUAUAUUAUUACAACCAUUUCGAGCCAAUUUUCAGUUUGAACUGAAAUUACCUAAUCCAGAAAUAUUAUUAGAACGACUUUUAGGAAUUAAUAAAAUCACAAGUUUAAAAAUUAUGAAAAAUAAUAAUAUUAUAUAUAAAAAUGAAGCUGAAGGAAUUGAUAUUAAUUGUUCUUUUGAACCUAUUGUUCUUAAUGUUGAUUCUAAUACAUUAACCUUAUUAAAUCAAUUAUAUAAUAUCAUUUUUGAUUUUUCCAAUUAUAUUGUAAAAAUAUGUACUCCAAAAAAUAAAGAUGAAAAUGAUCUCAUGAUAAUUAAUUCAUUUAAUGACAACUUCACGGAAUAUAUGAUGAGUGAUGAUUUUUAUUUUAAUAUUAAUGAAUCCUCAUUAUUAUCAACAUCAUUAAGUAGGUCAACAUCCUUAUCAUUUUCAUCUUUUGAAUUAAAUAAAAAAAAUAAAUUAAAGAAUAUACAAAACAAUAACCAUUUAUUAUAUACUUCAAUGAAUACUGAAAAGUUCAAAAUUCACAAUGAGGAUCAUGACAAUAUGCUUGUUAAUUUCAAGUUAAAUUACAAUAACCAUAAUUCAGCUCCAUUUGAUAAAAUAAAGAACAUAGAUGAUGAAAAUAUAAUACCUAUUGAUGUAGAGGAACAAAUGAGAGAACAUAUUGAAGAGAACGACAUGGAGACUAAACAAAAUAAUGAAGAAAAAGUUUAUGUUGAAACAGAAAAGAAUAAAGAUGGAUGUGAUGAAAAGAAAGAAUUAAAAGUAUCUCAUAAAAAUAUAUCUAUGGAGGAAGAUAAAAAGAGAAGUCUGAAUAAACCAUUAAUCCUUCAUCAUAAAUAUAAUAAUUUUAUGAACCAUACAAAUGAACCAAUUCUAAAUACUGAUUGUAAUAUGAAGACUAAUAAUCAGACAUAUUUGUUAGAAUCUGAUUUGAGUAAUAUACUAUUAUUUAAUUUUAUUGAAAAUGUUAAAGUUAGUGUUCAAUUGAAUUUUGAUGUAAUCCUUUUACAAAUAUGGGAUUCUAAUACGGCAUAUAACAGAUGUUCAUUCAAUUUUGUUAUAGAAUAUAUUAAUGUACGCUUCAAUACUACCAAUAUAUAUGAAAUGAAUUUACAAAGUGAUAAGUUGGAAUUAUUUAAUUUAAAAAAAAAUACUUAUGAUGAAAUAUCAAAAAGUAAAAACGAUUCUAAUGACUACACAAAUUAUACAAAUGAAAAAGAAAAUUUUGAUCAAAAAAAUAUUACAUUACUUCAGAGAGUAUCCGAAACAAAAAAUAUACAAGAUAGUAAUAUAGACAAGGGUCAUAUAAUUCAUUCAUCUAUAACUAAUGAUAUAUGUUCAAACAUCAAUUCUGAUAAAAAUAAAAAGAUAUAUACAUAUGGAAAAAGUGCAGUAAAUUUUAUAACAGAUGAAAAUCCAUUAUAUGUCAAUAAUAAUAAAAAAAAAUGUAAGUCAGAUGUUGGAGAUAUAAAUAUAAAUAUGAACAAUGAACUUAGAGAUAAUAUGUUAACAAAAAAAAUGGAAGUUGAUAACUUUGAAAGUAUAGAUAAUAAUAAUAUAAUAAAUUGUAAUAUAGAAAAGGAUAAAAUGGUAGAUUUGUCAAGAAAAGAAAAAAUUGAUACAUAUAAUCCAACAAAAGAAAGCACUAAAAUAAUAAAUAGUAAUAUAGAACAUAAUAUCAAUAAUAAUCGUAACAAUAAAAAUUUGUUUAGCAAAUUAUUUAAUAGGAACAAUUUUAUAAAGAAUCUGAAACAAUUCAAAGAAGAAAUAAUGAAAAUUGUUAAAAAGCUUUUUUGUCGAAAACAGUUGGAUGAAAUAUUAGAAAUUAUUGAAGAAAAAGGAAAUGAAUUUGAAGCCGAAAAUGAAAUAUUAGGAAAUAGAAAGAAACAUGAGCAUUUUAAAAAUAUUUUUUUAAAAAAUGAAUUUAUGUCUAAUGAUUUAAAAAAGAAUAAUGAUAACAAAAAAAGUAAAGACAUAGAAUGUACAAUUGAAUUUUUAAUAUAUUGUGAAAAUUUCAAUAAAAAAGAAAAUUCUUAUCAAACAUUUAUUGAACCUAUAUGUACAGAAAUAAUAAUUAUGAAAAAAGAAUUAAAUACACCAAUUCAUAUAUAUUAUUAUUUUUCAUGGAUAAAUAUUAACUGGAAUUUUAACUUUUUAGAUAAUAUUCUAUCUUUAUGUUGUAGCAUCAUUUUUUCUAUGAUUACACAAAGAACACGAUUAUUAUUAGGAAGACAUAUGAAUGAUAUAGAUAAACGAAUAAACAGGAAAAAAAUAAUUCAAGGACAUGCUAAAAAUGAAAAGAUGGAAGAUGUAUCAUUGAAAAAUCCUAAUGCUAAUGCAUAUACCAUACAUCCAACUGAAUAUGAUGAUAAUAAUACAGAGAGAAAAAAUUUAAGUGAAAUAGAUGAUACUCAAACUUCUAUGUAUUUACCAAAUUAUUAUGGAGCUCUUAAUGAUGAACAAUAUAAAGAUUUAGCAUUAGUAACUAAUGAAAAUAUUCUAUUCAGAUAUAAUAAAUUUGAUGUAUUACAUACAGUAAAUAAAUCAUUAGAUACAUACAUAUUUGGUGAGUUAAUAUUAGAAAAACUUCUUCGUAAUUAUCAAUAUUCAUGUCAAUAUCCAGGUGAUUAUUUAUCAAAAUAUGAAAAUGAAUUUAAUAUGGAUAAACUAAAUUCUCCUUCUCAACAAUUAUUACAUAUUAAAUUAUUUAAUUAUAUAAAGAAAAAAAAAAGAUUAGAAAUGAAAAAUAUAUGUAAGUUAAAUAAUUUGUUGGGACAACCUAUAGCUGUAUGUACAAUAAUAGAAGAAACAAAAAACAGUCAAUAUAAAAAUAUAAAAAUGUCUAAAAGUAAAAUGAAAUAUGAAAAUAAUAAAUACAAUAGUAAAGAAAUAUAUAAUAAUGAAAAUCCCAUAUGUGAUUAUAAUAAAAAAAACAUAUUAUUAAAUUCUAUUAAUGCAAUAACUAAUAGGAAAAAAUAUAAUUCGCUUAAUCCAUUUGAAGAUUAUAAAUGUUUACAAUUUUCUGAAAUGAAUGGUAAAAAAUUAGAAAAAUAUCAAAAUGAAAAUGAUGAAUUAGGUAAUUCAGAUAAUAGUUCUUUAAAUAAUAAUAAUAAUAAGGAUAUUUUAAAAUAUCAAUGGAAAAUUAUUAGCAACAAUGAAUCACUUGAUUUACCAAUUCAUGAAAAUGGAAAGGUGAAGUUUUUUCUAAUAAGAUUUAGAUUACUUAAUUAUAUAUAUGAUAUACCAUCAAAUAUAUUAAAUACUGAAAAAGAAAAUGAAGAUGUUAUUAGAUUAAUUAUACCCGAGAGAAGAUUACCUCCUAAUAUAAAUGAACAAGUUGAACAAGAAAUAUAUAACCAAGAAAUAUUAGAAAUGGAACAAGAAAAUGAUACCAUGGAUUCUAAUUCUCAUACAAUAUAUCCUACUAAUUAUCUAUUUAAAAAAUAUGUUACAGGAAAAAAUGAUACUGUAUGGUGUCCUAGUAAUAUUCCACAACCACGUAAUCAUUUAUUUAUCUAUUUUAGAACAAGUAGUCGAAUUAGUCAUGAAGAAAAACAAGAAUAUGAUUUUUUUCUAUCUUCCGUAGUUGCUAUUAAAAAUAACACUGAUUUUCCCCUUUAUAUAUUUAAAUCAGUACCAGGUAAUGUGAAUAAAAGUAGUAUCUUUAAAGAGUAUUUCCAUAAAUAUAAUACGAAACCAUCUCCUCCACCUACAUAUACAUUGAAAAUUGAUAAAAAAAUUGAAUACUUAAUUGAAAACCAGAAUAAAGAUUCCAAUGAUUUCACUAAUGCAAAUAAUGAAAAUGAACAAGAAAAUAAUAUGGAAAAAAAAAGUAACAUAUUUUACAGCUCUGAUCAUAUUAAUAAUAAUAUUAAUAAUAAUAAUAAUAAUAAUAAUAAUAAUUAUAUUUAUGGUUAUAAUCCCAGUAGGGAUGAUAAUAAUUAUUCAAAUAGACAACAAAAUGAAUAUCUUUCUAAGCAAAAAACAAAACAAAACAAAAAUAAGAAACAUAAAAAAAAUAAUAAUAGUAAUGAUAAUUAUGAGGUGAAUGAAAAUAUAAAACGUAAUAGUAAAAAUUAUUCCAAUAAUUAUCAGAAUAAUAAUAAAGAUCAUGGAGAAAUAAAGAAAAAAAAUAUAAAUUCAUCAAAUGAAUCCUAUGUGAAUAAUAGAAAAAUGAUUAAAAAUAUUUUCCCCUUAAUGAAAUUAUCUUCUAUGGAACACUACAUUUCAGGAGAUAUCAAAUUCAGUUCAUUAGCUCCUUUGAAAUAUAAAAGAAAGAAAAAGAAAAAGAAGAAGAAAAAUAAAUUGAAAUAUGAACUCCAAAAAGAAUAUAUUAAAAAGAAAAUAAAAGAAUUAUAUUUAAAAAGUAUAUGGAAGAAAACACAACGUAAAAAAAUUAAUAAAUACAAAAAUGAUAUCAAUAAAAUGAAUCAAAAGAUAAAAGAAUAUUCAUAUGAAGAGAAUACACCUUAUAGAAAUAUUAUGUCUAUUAAUGAUCCAUUUUUUAAUUUUAUAAAACAAAAUUCCUCUUCAUCUCAAAAAUUAUCAAAUAAUUCAUUAAAUAUAUCAGACUUGUCAAACAUUACAUUAUCAUCCAUAUCAAGUACUUUUUUUUCUAUUAAUUCAAGUCAAAGUAACAAUUCAUCAUAUGAAGACUCUUUAUAUGAUUAUGAUAGAGACAAUUGCUUAGAACAAGCAUUAUUAGAUGAAUAUUUUAAAAAACAAAAUGAUGAUGAUAUAUUAUUGGAUAUUAUUGAAAUAUCUAAUAAUAGUAAUAAAUUAAUUCCAAUACCAUUAUAUUGGCUAGUUGCUGAAAAUUCAUUCAUAUGGUUAUCUAUACAAAAUGAAGAAAUAUAUAAAAAUAAAGAUUUGUAUAAUUUUUUAAAUGAAGAAAUGAAUGCAGACUAUUUAUGUACAAAAAAAACAUUAGAUAAUAUGUUAAAUUAUCAAUCUCCUUUUGUAGCUGAUACACUUAAAUUAUUUAAGCCAUAUUUGAUUAAAUUAAAAAAUCAUUUAUUGAAAGAAGAUAAUUUGUUUUCAAAAAAUAAAAAAGAAGAUAAUGAAAAUUUUAUUACGAAUUAUAAUACAAAUUAUAUGAAUUUAAAAGAAGUAUAUUUCACUUCAUCAGUUGUUAGUGUCUAUAAUCGUAAUUAUGUACUAAAUCGGAAAGAUGCUCACAAUUUUUAUCAAAUAAGUAUUGAACAUGUUUUAAUGAUCAAUAAUGGCUUACCUAAAACUAUGUAUAUAAAUUGUGAAGUCUUAAAAAGUAAACUCAAAAAAAAAAAUACUAUAAAGAAAACCAUAAGUCACUAUAAAAGUUUUCCAUCUAUGGAAAAAUCUAUCCAAUAUAAAAAUUCAGAAAACAGAGAAGAUUCUUAUGUUUUGAAAAGUUCUUGUAAUAAAUCAAAUGAAGAAUAUUCAUCGUAUUAUAAAGAGGAUAAAAAUGAUAAUUACAACAACAACCACAAUAAUAAUAAUAAUGAUAAUUAUAAUUGUAUGGACAAUGAAGGUAAUGAUAUGUCCUACCAUAAUUCUUAUGAAAUUAAAAGAGCUCAGGAUGUUGACACAUUCUAUGACAUACAUGAUGAAUUAUCAUUGGAUGAAAAACAAAACUUGAAGCAAAAGAAAAUUACAUUAAUUGAUGAUAAAUAUAAUGAAAAAUUAAAGAAGGAUACUAAUAAAGAUAAUAUAUAUAUAAUUGAUAAAUAUACUGAUCAUAACAGAACAAAUGAUAAACGAGUUUUAAUAAAAGAAGCCAAUAUUGAUAGAAAUGUAUUUAUAUAUAAAAAUUCAAUAAAUGAAAAUGAUUACAAUGAUGAAAACGAAAAAAGUAAGAAUUAUAUGGAUGAUACUAAUUUUAUUGUUAAUAUAAAAAAAGAAGAAAAUAAAGAUAUUUAUGAAAUAAAAAUUAAUCCGGGACAAAGUAUUAAAUUACCUUUCCUUCUUCAUAAUGUUACCAUAUCAUUUGAUGGAUAUCAUUCAAGAAAUAUCUUUAUAAAUUAUCCUCAUAAAAAAGGAAGGGAAAAAAUAAUGUUAGAGAGACAAAUACCUCCAGAUAUUUCCUCCUUUUUCACAUUUGAUUAUGAAGAAUCCAAUCAAAAUAUUGAUGAACAUUGUAGUAAUAAUAGUACAAUUAAUUAUAUAAAUAAUAAAAAUAUUAGUGAUAAUACAAAAAAAAAUGAUGACCAUUUUGAUAGUUCAUUAUCACUUACUGACAAGACAAAAAAUCAGAUAACUUAUAAAAAUAGGAAUUAUCAAAAAAACGAUAAUUACCAAUUAUCUAAAUAUAGUGAUUAUAAUAAAAGAAAAACAACAAAAUAUGAAGAAUAUCAAAAGCAAUUAUCUAUAUGGGCAAUAUUUAAUGAUUUUUAUGAAACAGGCAAAAAUAGAUAUCAGGACAUAUCAUUAGAAAAAAUUUACCAUGGAACAUAUUCUAUUUCUUGUACAUUUUUUGCAUCUGCAUGUAUUAUAAAUAGGUUAAGUUAUCCAAUUAAACUUAAACGAUUAAAUAAUGAAAAUGAGAUUGUUAUUGAACCUUAUAUUAGAACCUUACUGCCUUGUGAAUUUUCUAUGCGUAGAAAUAAAGUAGUAAUAUCACAUGAAACCUUAAAAGAUAUUAAAAAUUGGAAGAAUUACCCUUUAAAAAAAUAUAUGAUUAAAAGAACAAAAUUGAUUAAAACUCGAAAUUUUAUUAAGAUGGAUAACCAAAAAAUUAUGAAUUCUACAAAUUUUGAUGAUGACAAACAAAUGAAGCAUAAAUGUGAUAAUAAGGAGUUCAUUCUAGAAGAUAAAAAUAUAAACAUAAAAAAAAAUGAAAGAACAAAUGAAAUGAAUAAUGAAAAGAUAAAAAAUGAUAUAAUAAAAAAUGAUUGUAGUUACCAAUAUGAUAAGAAAGAAGACGAAGAAGAUUAUCAUGUCGUCGAUGAUGGUGAUGACGAUAAUGAAAUAGAAUAUAAUAAAAAAAACAUUCCUUAUAAUAAGAAUACUCUUUGUGGAUAUAAAUAUAAAAAGAAAAGAAGAUUCAGAUUUUUUUUUUAUAGAAAUAAUAUUAAUAAACCCUUAGAAUCAGAAGAUUUUCGUAUAACAGAUUUAUCAGUUACAAGAUUGACAUGUUCUAAUAAAAAUAAAAAUAUCCCACAAUUAAAAUAUAGUACUUAUAUGUCUAUUGCACCUAUGCCUUUUUUUAGAACAACCGUUAUGGAAAUAUUACCUUACAUUGUUAUAAUAAAUAAUACAAAAAUGAAUAUAGUUUUUCAAGAGUUUAUAAAAAAUUAUACAUAUUUUAAAUAUAACAAACUACAACCUGGAGAUUAUGUAGAAUUUCAUCCACAGUCAAAAAAGAAAGUGAUGUUAAAAAUAUGCGGCAUAUAUCAAAACACAUUUGAUCAUUUAAUUGAUGAUUAUUUACAAAAGGAAUUAUAUUUAGAAAACUUGGAAAGGAGAAAUGAAAAACUAAUAGAUGAUAUAAAGGGAGACAAAAAUUAUGAUAAGAAAAAUAUGGAAAAUAAAAAAUACUCAACAAGUAAAGAAUCCAAAAAGAAAAAAAAAAAAGGUAUUAUUACCAAUAAAGAUAUAUGGAAUAUAUCUAAAAGGUUAAGUGCAAUAAGAGAUAUAGAAAACCCAAAUAAUAUUAAUAAUAAUAAAAUAAAAAAAAAAAACAAAAAAAAUAAAAAUAAUAAGAAUAAUAAUGAAAAUAUUUAUAGUACAUGUUCAAAAAACUCAUAUAACAGUACUAUUGAAAAUUUUUCCGAAGAAAAUUCAAAUGGAGCCCUAAAUUCAUCUAAACAUAAUAAUAUUAAAAAACAUAAAUAUAUGAAUGAAUACAAAUUUUUAUACUGGUCUGAAGUUUUAGAUUUAAAUAGAGUAAGUAUGAUUUAUUUUCGACAUCCAGUUGUAUCAGAAACGAAUUUUAAAAUAGAAGAAAAAAAAUUACAAAAACUAAAUUGGAUAUUAAGGAAAUAUGGUAAGAAUGAUGAUGCUUAUAUAAACAUUUUAAAAGAAUUAAUAAAAACAAAUAAUGAUAUAACAUAUAAAUAUAGUUGUUGUUCUAUGGAGAUUACAACAUUUAAAGGAUGUAAAUUUGUACGUUUUCAAGAUAUUGAUGUUGUUCCCUAUUAUUUAAUAAAUUUAACGAAAUAUAAUAUAAAAUUAAGACAAGUUGGAAUUUAUGAACAUUCAGAAAUUCUUCAAAAAAUCCCUAAUAAAAAAAAAACGUCCUUUAAUGAAAUAUUUAAAAAUUAUGCAUUCAAUUUUUCUUUUUAUAAUCCUUAUAAAGAACCUAAAUUAAAAGUUGCUCUAUUAUCGAAUACUAAGAAGAAAAAUGAUUAUAACAAUAAUAAGAACAAAUAUAAAAAGGAGAAGAAAAGGACACUAUUAAAAAAAAUACCAAAUAAAUUAAAAACAAAUCUUAAGCAAGAAUUAAAUUAUCUAAGCUUUUUAGCAAAAAAUUAUAUAACGGCUAAAGAAGAUGCUAAAAUAUUGAAUGAAAAAAUUUUCCAACUCAAAAGAUUUUCACAACAAAUUGAAAAAUUAAAUGAUGAAAAAAUGAACAUUAUUGAUUUAGGAAAUAAUAAUAAUAUUACCUUAUUAAAAUUAACAUAUAAAAAUUCUCUUAUUUAUAUAUUAUGUACUAAAAGAACAUAUAAUGGAAAAACCAUUUAUUUAUUUGAAAAUUAUGAUGAAUUAAUAAGCAACAUUUUAAAUUUUAAUACUAUAUCAUUUAAUAGUAAAUGUAAUUACAAAAUGUUAAAAUCAUUAAGUUUGUUUCGUGAUACUCUUAAAAGUAAAAACAAAUAUAGUCUUAAAGAUACAUAUAAAAAAAAAAAGAAACAUAUUAAAUAUAUGAAAACUUUUAUAGACAAUCCAAAUGUUAAAUACUUAUUAAAUUUCUUUAAAAAGAAAAGUUCAGCAUCAUCUAUAGAAAAUAAAUUAAAAAAAAAUAUAAAGCAAAAGAUAAAAAAUAAAACAAACAAGGUAUAUAAAAAUUCAAGAACAAAUAAAAGAACAACACAUAUUAUUACCGAAUUAUACAAAAAGAAUAUAUUCAACAAAGAAGAAGAAAAAAAGAAAAAAAAUAAUAAUAUCAUAUUAAAUAUGAAUAUAUUCGCUCAUUUAAUAUUUAAAGGUAUAGGAAUAAGUAUUAGUAAUCAUAAUUUAGAAGAAAUUCUAUAUUUUUCUAUGGAAUAUAUUUUAAUUAUUUAUAAACAAAUGAUGGAUCGUGAUUUGUUUCAUAUUAAUAUAGGAUGGUUACAAAUAGAUAAUCAUACUAAAAAUACAGACUAUAAGAAUGUUUUAUUACCAAUAGUUGAUUUAAAAAAACAAACAAAUAAAAAUAACCAAAAGGAUAUUAAAGAAGAAAACAAAUAUCUUAUAAAUCAUAGUGAUAUUGCAUUAUAUAGUAGUAUUAGUAAUAAUAAAAUUAAUAAGCUUAAUACAUUUUAUCAUAAUAGAUUUGAUACAAUUUGUGGUGAUACCAACGCUCCUAAUAUAAAUUCUUCUAAUACCUUUUCUCCUAAUAUAAAUUCUUCUAAUACAUUUUCUCGUAAUAUAAAUUCAUGCAAUACAUUUUCUCGUAAUAUAAAUUCAUGCAAUACAUUUUCUCGUGACACAUUUCCAUAUAGUUUUAGAUACAGUAAUAAUUUUUCAAAGUCUAGUAGUACAUUAAAUAUGAUUAAUUCGUUUUAUUCAAAUAGAAAUAAAUCAUAUGCUUCAUUUAUAGAUAAUGAUGUUUUAAUUAUUACAAAUUUAAAUAACCCUCUACAUAAUUCUUAUAAAGUAUUUAUACCACAAUUUUUUUAUUCUGAAUAUAAUUCUGUAUUAUAUAUUAAUAUAAUUAAAUUAAAAAGAGGAAAUAUGAAAAAUUUCUUAGAAUUGUCAGAUGUUCAGAUAAAAGUCUCUCCUUUGUCUUUAAAUAUUGAUUCCUAUUUUAUUAUCGAAAUGUUAAAAAUAUUUGACGAGUUUUUAAAAAUAAUCGAAUUUGAUUUAAGUAACUAUAAUUCACUUAAUUUAGAGAAGAACAUUGAAUUGACAGAUAAGGAUUUCGAUAGUCUAGAAUAUAAAAAGGAUAUAGGUCCUAUAGAACAAUUAAUUAAAUAUCAUAUAUUAAAAGAUUAUUAUUUAUAUGAACAAAUAAUUAAUUUUAAGUUUAAUCAAAAAACAAAUGGUUUACGAAAUCUAUUAAAUAAUAAGUCACAUAAUUAUAAAAAAUUAGAAGAUUAUAACAAAAUAAAAAAAAACAGUCAAGAUAGUAUAUUUAAUAUAAAUAAUUUAUAUGACAAGUCAAAUUUGGAUGUUAAUGAAUUGAAAGAUUAUAUUAAUAUGUUAAGUGAAUAUGAAAAUAUUAAAAAAAAAAAUAAAUAUAUAUCAAAGGAUAUAAAGCAUAAGGAUAUGUUAUCCAAAAUGAAUCCUACCAAAAAUAAUAUAUUAAAAAAAGACAGUACCCAAAAAAAGAGAAAAACAAAAAAUAUAAAAUUUUACAACAAAAAUAACAAGCUCAACAACAACAAUAAUAAUAAUAAUAAUAAUAAUAAUAAUAAUAAUAAUAAGGUUAGGGUUAAGAUUAAGGUUGAUAAAAAGGAUUAUAAAUUAGAUACACAUAUAAAUGAAUAUAUAAAGGAUAAUAAUAUUACUGAUAAUAAACAAUAUGUUAAUAUAAAAAAUGAUAUAAUAAACAUUAAUAAAUACUGUAUCAAUAAUAAUAAGGAGAAUGUGUAUUAUGAAACAAAGAAAUAUUCAGAUAUAUAUAAUAAGAAAAAAAAAUCAGAUGAUAACAUAGAUACAGAAGUUGAUUUAUUAGAUAAAGAAAAGAUUGAAUAUAUACAAAGAUGUGAUAAAUAUUACAAGAAUUCUUUAAAUAAUAGAAAGAAGAUAUUGAAAAAAAUACAAAAUAUAAAUAUAAAAAAUAAUUUAAUAAGUUUUGACAAAAUAUUCAUAUCUAAAUUAGAAAUUAACGAAAUGAAAUUAAUUAUCAAUAUAAAAAAUAAAAGUCUUAGUUAUGAUAAAAAAAGUGAAAUAAUGGAAUCAAACGUAAUGAAUGCUUUAGUUGUAUUAAUAAUGAAUAUACCAAAUAUAAGUGAUGCACAAUUACAUUUUGAUAAAGAGAUUAAGAAAAAUAUAUGUGGAUCAUUAUAUGAAUUAAUAUUUAAUGAAAUAAUGAAUGAUUAUAUUACACCUGGAAUGAAUCAAAUGGUUAAUGUAUUAGGUGCUAUAGAUUUUAUAGGAAAUCCAUUAAUAAUAUAUAAACAUUGGAAAAAGGGAUAUGAAACAUUUAUUCAUGAUUUAAAAAAAAGUUUGGAUUCAUGUUCAUUUCCAUUAUUAUUUUGUAUCUUAUUUUUAAAUACAUUAGGCAAAUUUGGAAAGAGUGUAUUAUCAGGAAUUCUUGAAGGUAUUAAUAGAUUAUGUAGUAGCUGGAGUACAUGUUUUGAAAGAUUUUCUAGAAAUUCAGAUAAUUAUAGUAUUGUUACAAAUAGUAAUUUAUUUCAAAAUGAAAUAUUAGAUCAACCUUCUAAUUGUGCAGAAGGUAUAUAUUAUGGUUGUCAAUCUUUUAUAAAUAUUCUUACCAUUAGUUUUGUUAAUAUAAUAUAUAAACCAUUUAUAGCUAUACAAAAAACAAAAGAAUUUAAAAAGAAAACUGAAAAAGGGAAAUAUAAAAUAUUUUUUUUAUCAUUCAUAGUUUUAUCAUAUGGUAUAUUUAGUGGAUUUAGUAGUUUCUUUUUUGGAUUUUUUAAUAGCAUAUUUUCUUUUUUUACAUUUUUAUUUAUUGGUACAUUAAAUCAAAUUCAAACCUUAACAAUGAAAUCUGUUGUUAGACCCAAAAAAAUGAGUAUAAUAAAAGAAUAUUCCAAGUUUCUAAAUUAUGAAUAUCCAUUAUCUUUUUCAUCUCAUGUAAUAAAUGAAAAAAAAAGGAAGAAAGAACUUUUAAAAAAAAAUAUUGUUGCUAUUAUACUUUUAUAUACUAUUAACGAUAACACUCCAAAUAAUAUAAAAAGUUAUUUAUGGGUGAGUAAUAACGAAUUAGGAUAUUGUCAGAAGGAUAAAUUAUUAUGGUCUUUAUAUAUUAAUUGUAUAAUCAAAGUGGAUAUAUUAUUAAUUGAAAUGGACACUGGAAAUUUCAAGCCAUCAUUAAUAAGCAAUCGUGCAGAAAAUAAAAAUUUGAAUAAUAUUAAUAGUAAGGAUAAAAAUGAUGAUAACAAAGACACAAAAAAUGAUAUGAACAAUUAUAAUAAUAAUAUAAAUAAAAAAAAAAAUUGUAAUGAUAAAAAUAUAGAACAAAAUAAUCAAAUUAAUAAUAACAGAUCUACAUGGAAAAUAAAAAAUUUAUUCACCCCACAACCUUUUAGACAACCUUCCGAUUUUAAACCAUCAUAUUAUAUUAGAAUAUUAUAUAAAACAUUAUAUAAAAAUAACAAAGACAAAAGAAAAACAAAUAUUUCUAAUUUACUUUUAUAUAAAAAAAGUGAUUCAAGUAAUAAAUUGAAACGUAUAAUGAGAAAAUCCACUUAUGAAAAAUAUUUUGAAAAUCAAUUUAAAGAAGAACAAAAAUAUCAUCAUUAUCAUACUAAUUCUAAAUAUAUUCCUCAAGAACCAACUGAUAAUAUUUCACAAACAAAUGACAAAGGAAAAAACAAAACAAAAAUAAAUGACAAUAAAAUUAAUAUAUAUGAUAAUUUAUAUCUAGAUAAAACCAAAAAUAUUAAACAUCAUAAUACAAAAUAUUAUAAAAAAGAAACAAAAAAAAAAAAACAUUUCAAACACCAUAAAAAUAACAGUGAUAUUAUAUCAUAUAGUGACGAUCAGAAUAAUCAUAUGAAAUUAUGGAAACAAAAUAAAAAACAUAAAACAAAAAAUUAUAACUAUAAUAAAGAACAUAAUAGUGAAUAUGAAAGUACGAAUAUAAAAAAAUUAUUUAAAUAUAAUAAUCAUAAGAAAAAAAAAAAUAAAUAUUUAUAUAUCUCAAAAUUGGUCAAAUGUGAAAAUAAGGAAGUUGCCUUACAUGCUUUUUCACUUCUUAUGUCGUUUUUAAUGCACAAAUCACCAUAUUAUUUAAAAACCACUAAUUGA